AUGCAGCAAACGUAUUUAUUCUUCAUUUUCCUGGCUCUGGAACUUGUGCACUCGCCUUCUGGUGCACGAGCAUUACGUUUUGUGGCAUCAAGUGACGUCAGUAAGGGCCAAGGCCCCGUGGUGGUCACUGCCCAGGGGCCCGUACAGGGUAUUUAUCGUGGAUCUGCAAACAUCUUUUAUGGCAUUCCGUAUGCAGAGCCUCCGGUGGGGAGUUUGAGAUGGAAGCCGCCGGUCCCUAAAUCACCCUGGGGCUCCACGGGGAGGACGCUGCUGGGGAUCACGCUACCCCCCGCAUGCCCCCAGGUGGGCUGCACGUGGUACACGCCACCCAGGGGUUGCAUCAAUGUGACGUCUGAGGACUGUCUAUUCCUGAACGUGUUCACACCUCUGAACGCCACCAACCUUGCCCACCUGUCUGUGAUGGUAUUCAUUCACGGGGGCCAGUUCACCAUCCUGAGCGGGGCCUCCCCCAACUGGGACGGAGAGUUUAUGGCCAGUCAGGGGAACGUGGUUGUCGUUAACUUUAACUACCGCCUCGGUGCUCUAGGAUUUUUGGUAACAGGAAAGCAAAGUGACUCAGCACAGGGGAACUAUGGCAUCAUGGACCAGCGCCUCGCCAUGACAUGGGUGCAGAAAAAUAUUAAAAACUUUGGCGGGAAUCCUGAUGAGGUAACCCUAUUCGGACAGAGUGCAGGUGGACAGUCGGUGGCACUUCACUUUACCUCGGAGAAGAGCAACGCUCUCUUCAAACGCGCCAUCGUCGAAAGCGCCCCGUUUGCUCUCCCAUUCAAGAACUACGGUGCUGCCAAACUACUCGGAGACUAUCUUGCCGACGCUCUGGGUUGCCUGCGAGAGCAUAUGGCCUGUCUUCGUAACGCGUCCGCCGAUCAGGUCGCCUGGGCCGCCGUAAAGGUAGCAGAGAGCGUGGCUUCACUACAGCUUCUCGAAUUGUUUGAACCAUGGGGCCCCUACGUUGACGGCAAGGAAGUUUUGGUACAACCUAUACAAGCUUUUUUAACAGGGAACUAUCAGAGAAAGCCAGUUAUGAUGGGUUUUACCAGCGAAGAAGCCCAAGGUUUUGUCUGCGAUGUUUGGAACCGGACCUUAACAGUUCUAGAAUAUAAGGCGGUGCUUUUGGCCACUUUUCCUGAACAUGCGGCUGAAGUUUUUUACAUGUACCCACCAUUACCCACGGACGACCAAAAACCUAGGCUUGUCACAUUGGCCACGGACUAUUUAUUUGGCUGUGCAACUAAGGCGGCCGUAGAAAGCAUAAGCCACAGCAAUUCCCCGGGUUCUGAGCCUGUGUGGUUAUAUGUAUUCAAUCGCACGUCCAGCCCUGCAGGAUGGGGGAACGUCACGUUUUGCUAUUGGCACGUAUGCCAUGGCGCCGAACUAACUGACCGGGAAAACAAGGUGCUACCUGGCAUUUCCCACGGGUAUUACACAGUUAUCUUACACUGCUACAUCAGUCAACAUGCCACUAACAGGACAUCAUACAUACAGUAUAUCUAA